UUUCGAAAGCAUUUUUUUUUCUUAUUUUUUGUUCGUUUUUUUUCCAACAAAAAAUACGAAAACAACUUCGAUUUUCAAUGCUUUAUUGGUUUCGGGCACAUGGCAACGCAACAAGGGCAACACUCGAAAUCAAUAAAGCUUAUCCCAGACGUUGUGACAUCUCGAACCUGUCAACGAUGGUUCAAGCGAUUCAGAGAAGGUGAUUUCAGUCUUGAAGAUAAACCGAGAUCUGGAAGACCUCAAGAGGUUAGUAAUGACGAAUUAUUGAAAGUUGUGGAAGAAAAUCCACGAGUAACUACUGAAGAAUUGGCGAUAAUGUUUGAUUGUUCGAAUUCGACAAUAUUCGAACAUCUUAAGUCGUUGGGCAAAAAAUGCAAAGCUGGUCGGUGGGUCCCACACACUUUGACGGCAAACAAUCGUGCACAGCGUUUAUCAAUCUGCACUUCUUUGUUGCUUAAAACAAAGAAGCAAACCGUAUCUUGAUCGUUUGGUAACUGGGGACGAAAAAUGGGUGCUUUAUGAUAACGUUGAAAGCUACCGACA